AUGCUGCGGCUGUGGCUUCUGCGCCUCGGCCGCUUUCUCUUCUCCCGCCUUUGUGUCUCGCGCGUGCCGACGCUCCCCGCGCGGAGCGCCCGGAGCGGCCUCCCGGAGCCGCUGUGCGCUCACCUCGCCAGCGGCAGCGGCGGCGAGGCUCUCACCGCUGCCCGGGCAGUGCGCGCGACUGCGCCCUGGGAGCGCCGGGACUGCUGCCGCCGCAGUUGGUUUCGGAGCAUUUUUCCCCGAGCCGCCUGGCGCUCAGGACCGCCUGCCUGGGUCGGCGCGCGCUGGCCGUCGGCGGUCGCUGCCUCCCACGACGCCCGCUAG